AUGCCAAGGCACGCCGCCCAGCACCCGCACAAUUGUGCACGGCUCGUAUCGUCGCCUCCCCUCGCCUCCCCUCGCCUCCGACCACGCUCCCGCCGCGGCCAUUUAGAAGCCGCCCUCCCCUCGGCUCGCCUCGCCUCGACGACGAGCAGCACUCGUCCAUCCUCCGCAUCGUCUAUCCUCCGCAUCGUCGAUCCUCCGCAUCGUCUAUCCUCCGCAUCGUCGAUCCUCCGCAUCGUCUAUCCUCCGCAUCGUCGAUCCUCCGCAUCGUCUAUCCUCCGCAUCGUCGAUCCUCCGCAUCGUCUAUCCUCCGCAUCGUCGAUCCUCCGCAUCGUCGGUCCUCCGCACCCUCGCCCGCCCGCCCUCGCCCGCCCGCCCACGCACGGCCCGAUGACGACGCUCAUCCUCCCCGCCGCCCUCGCCUCGCCGGCGCUGCGGAAGCGGAGGGCCUACUGCACCGUCCUCACCGACGUCGUCCGCGCCGCCGCCGACGCCCAGGAUGCCCUCGACACCUUCGCCGGCCUGCUGCUCGAGGACCGCAUGUCCCGCUUCACAAAGUUCGACGCCCACGUCGGCGAGGCCGGCUGCCACCUGCGCGCCACCAUGCUCCGCGAGCUCUUCCUCUCCUGCAAGGCCGAGAUGGCCGCCUCGCCCGCGCCGUCGUCGCUGCCGCCCUGGAUGGCCGAGGCCAACGCCCGCCUCUCGACCCUCCGCCGCGCCGCCGAGGACAUGUGCUCGAGGCUGUCCCGCCACCGCGCCGACCCGCGCGACCUCGGCCUCGGCCUCAAGCACGACACCACCGAGCACAUGGUCCGCGUCCUCGCCGGCUCCGACCACCACGCCGCCUCGAAGCCGAGGCUCGACCAGAGACGCCCCUUCGCCUCGCCGCCCUCCUCCUCGCGCCUCGACGACUGCCCCAAGGUGGCCUGGAACCUCCGCAACCGCGGCGUCCUGCUCCGCUUCCUCGUCUACUGCCACGCCCUCUCCAAGUACAAGCAGUUCAUCAUGGGCCCCCUCGGCGGCGCCUGCCGCCUGCGUCCCGAGUGGGCCUCGGACGAGGGAUACCGCCUCAUCGAGCCGUACUGGGACAUGAGCAACGACGCCUACCAGGCGGCCAAGUGCACGCGCAUCCGCUCCGAGCUCAUGUCCCUCCAGGUCUGGAUGUCCAAGCUCAGCUGCGCCUGGCUUCACUCGCUGUCGAACCAGCUCUCGCCGAGCUCCGUCCCUUCGACCUUGGUUCGCUCGUCCAUGGAAACCGCCGACCGAGGCAUCGUCGCCGCCGCCUGCUACCCGGCCUUUGUCCUCCUGCGUCACCUAUGGGCGACGACGCACAGCGACGUGCUGCUCGUCGACCGCCACUUCUGCUCCCGAGGCUUCCACUACCACGUCAUGAGGUGCCGUCUGCGUCUCGUCCCCGACGCCUCCUCGCCCGAGUCCGCCGCCCGCGUCCACUGGAGCCUCGACGAGACCGACGUCCAGGGCCUCGCCGACGACGACGACGACGUCUCGCCGCACAUCGUCGUCAUGGGAAACAGCAUCCGCGGCCCCGCCACGGCCUUUGUCGAUCGCGUCCUGGCCGCCCAAGGAUGCGCCCCGCCCACCUCGAGGCCGCAUCGCGACGACGCCUGCCCCGAGUACCGAGCCCACCAGUCGCAGAUCCGACGCGCCGAUCACGACCGCAUCGCGAGGGCCUUCUUCGCCGCCCACAGGUCCUAUUCGGUUCCCGUCGAGCCCUUCCUCGCGAGGCCCGAGGACGAGGUCAUCGGGACGCUGCUGGCCCGGCUUCCGCCUCACCUCCACGCCCAGCCCUUUCACGACAUGUGGAAGAAGAGCCGGUCGGAAAUCGACGAGCUCGGCGGCGGCCGAGGCAACCUCGCCACCUUUGGCUGGCAGCACGUCUUUACCGAGACCAAGCACGGGCUGGCCCGGCUGCUCGAGAAGUGGAUCGCCGACGAGAACAUGAUGCCGCUGCAUGCGUAG